AUGAGAGGUGGGAAUAGAGGCGGCGGUGGCGGCAGAGGUGGUUUCAAUUACCAGAAUAACCGCGGCGGUGGAAGAGGGGGCGGUUUCAACAACCAGGGUGGCAGAGGUGGGUUCAACAACAACAACAACACCAACAGAAAUAAUAAUAGUGGCAGAGGAGGGUUUAAUAACAACUAUAACAACAACCAAAGUGGAAGAGGCGGCUUCAACAACCAGAACAACAACAAUAACCGUGGCGGUCGAGGGGCGAACAACAACCGCGGUGGGAGAGGUGGUGGCUUCUUCAACAACAACAACAAUGGAAACAACUGGAAUAACAACAAUAAUAACAAUAACAACAACAGCAACGGCAAGAACGGCAAGAAGAACAAGAAUGUCAACUGGUAUCACCCACUCCUCGACCCCUACGACUUCGAAGACGACUCGGCCAGGCUGUUGCAGGGCUGGGGGUUUGACGGCAGUAAAGUCCCGGAGCCCGAGGAUAUAGAGAUGACGGACGCGCCUCCGCUGGAGGAUCCCGAGUCAGACGAUGAUAUAAUGAUGGGCGGCGUCUCCGAUGGCGAGGACUCUGACACGUCGAUGGGAGGCUGGUCCGAUUCAGAGUCCGAUUCGGAUACGUCGGUAGGGGAGCAGUCGGAUUGGGGUGCACAGGGGCGCGGACCGUGGAAUUCAGAUAUCUCGAUGAGAAGUUGGACCGGUUCGGACCCAGAUACCUCGGUAGGGGAGCAGCCGGCUCGUGCUGCGCAGGGGCGGAGAUUGUCUGAUUCAAAUAUCUCGAUGAGAAGUUGGUCUGAUUCGGACUCCGAUACCUCGUUUGGAGACCGUCCUGACUCGGUUACUUCAGUGAACGACGAACAGUCCGACCCAGACGACGCGGAGGGCGUCCGUUUUGAGUGGUACAAGUCGUGUAAAGACCGUCCUGGUACACCAGUUCCCUCGAGGAGAUCAAGCUCGAGUUCGGAAGCCUCGAGCCACUUAUCGGAUCCGGACUACGUGCCAGACGAUGAAGAGGGUGAGGAUGAAACACUCGAUCCAGGGUAA